AUGACAGUGACACUGGAGAAGGCUUCCAUGCCUGGCAUUGAUGAAAACUUUCUCAAAUUGAAAGACCCCUCAUGCUCACUCACCUCUAAUGACACACAUGUCAUGGGCACCAUAUCUUUUACCACCUGUGGCACAGAACUCCAGGACAGAGGUGAUUACAUUGCCUUCAAGAAUGAGAUCCAUUCCUUUGAGCGUCCAGAUGAGCUCAUCAUCCGUAGGAGAACAGUUGAGAUAGAUUUUGCUUGUGAGUUUCCAAAAACCAUCAGCAUUUCCAGCUACUACAACCUCCACCAGUCUGACUACAUCUUUACCGAGUCCAGCUUUGGCAGUUUUGGCUACACCUUUGAGAUCUUCAUUGACAGUAACUUUAUAAACAAGGUGGAAGCUAAUGCCUAUCCAGUGCAGGUCAAGCUGCUAGAAAUGAUUUAUAUGGGCAUUCAAGCCAACUCGGACUUCCCAAAUGUGACUAUGUUUGUUGAAUCGUGUAAAGGAACUCCUGAUGACAACCCUGAGAAUCCUCUGUCUUAUGACCUCAUUAAGAACGGAUGUGUAAAAGAUGAAACAAUGAAAAUCCACUCAUCAGACCAGACUUCGUUUAACUUUGCAGUUCAAGCCUUCAAAUUCAGUGGAGACUAUGAUCAGGUGUAUGUCACAUGUUCUGUCAUCUUGUGUGAGCCUGGAAGUCCCUUUUCAAGAUGUGCUCAGGGCUGCCUGAGUGAUCCUUCCCGUCGACGCAGACGAGGGCUGAACAAGGAGACAACUGGACACUACAUUACCCAGGGUCCGCUGCAGUUUGAGAAAGAGACAAAUCUCAGCAGCCACUCCAUUCCCAGCACCAACUACUACACCACUCCCAACACCAUGGUGGUGGUGGACUACUAG